AAAAUACGUAUUUAUGUACAAGUAUUACACUACAUGUAGAUCAUUUAAAAUGAUGAUUGAUCGGCCUUUGUUAUGUCUACCAUUCUCUAUUUGCCAUACAGUAAAAAGUGGCUAUUAAACCUCACGCCACUUAGAUGAUUCAGUUUGUUGACGGACAAGGUAAGGCCUGCUAAUAUCUAGCCUGAUAUUCAGUACUCCAUCCACCAUCUAUCCUGGUCAGGGGUGGGGUGGGAUGGAGCUUAAACCCCAAAGCAUGGGUCAAUAGGAUUAUCCAUAUUAUAUAACUAAAACAGUUGUUAAAACGUAAGGGGAAAAAAGGCAAUACUAAAGUCUUAUUGCGUUAUUGGAAAUAAAACCUGGAAUAUCACAAUUGAGCGAAUAUAAUUAAUGGGCUAAAUUUCUGCGCGUGUUCUUUAUUAGCCCGGAGGGGGCAGCAAAACAGAGAGACGUGCGAACUGCAGAAUGUCGACAAGACGAAAAAAGAGAAGGCAGGAACAGACGCUGCAAGGAUUUCGAGAUUGUAAAGAUGCUCAGAGAUGCUCCAGCAGCGUGGAUAGGCUAGCUUUCAAAUAUAUGAUGUGCAAAGUGGAAUCCAGUACCGAUUCAGGGUCAGACACGAGUCCAAGGUGGUCUGACACAAGCAGCAAGGGACGUGUCUCUACUAGACACAAGAGUGGACCUCCCCGGAAAAUGCUGACAUGUGCACAGAAGCCAGCAGGGAGGCACCAUCUAAUCUCCCUGGACCCAUAUGAUGGGAGUUCAGAAGACUCUGAGAUGUCAGAUGAUGAGCCUCGAAUGAUGAGGCAGGGAGUUUCCAAGCUCCGGAGCAGGUGUCGCAGAGGGAAUACCAAUUUUGCUUCAUUCCCUAAGGAUGCUAGGAAGUGCGUGGCCAGGCCUAACGUGGUGGCACUGCCCCCUGCAGAUGUUCAGAUGAAGUCAUCCAGUGACUCUGAAGUACGCAUGGGUGACCCUGGCCUCCUGUCCCCACGGGCCGCAAUGCCCCAGAUUGGUGUAGAGACACCUGUAGACUCUGGUGUGCACACUGAAUCGCCACUCUGCACACCUGCGAUUUCCUACGUGGGGGCAACCCCUCUCGGGCUACUUGGGAGUCCUUCCCGCCAGACCGGACUUUACAGACAGCAUGGAGAGAGCCCUUCCUUUCUUGAGAUCUUUCCCAAACGUAAAUCGUGUCUCCCUGGAGCUGAGGUGGGGGAGCGUGGCCUAAGGAAGAGGCAGCGUGUUGUAGACAUGGAGCUGGGCCCACUAUCGCUGUGAGCCAGCGAAAGAAAGGGAUAGAGAGGUUUGUUUUUUCCCUGGCAAAUCCUUCAGGCCCCAUUUAAAAACUGCUCACGGUCUUGACGAGUGGGUAUAAUACCUGCUCAGACAAAAAAGCACAGCCAAGCCAACAGUGUUCACUGGUCACUGGCAGUAUGCAUCUUACAUGCUAAUGUCCUGCUAUUGACUAGUCACACUUGCUCACUUGCACAGGACAGUCUAAGGAAGGAUGGAUCUUAGCUGCUGGACUGAAGAAGCACUAGUGUACCUUCAGUGCUUCCUUUUCUCCCCCUCCAUGUACAUAAGUUUGCUCAACCACAGUUUUGAAUUUUGUCUGUCAUGGUGAAUGUAAAUAUUUGCUGUGGUGUGUAAAUAAAAAUUGCACUUAAAAUGUC